UUGGACUUUCGUGUUUUGACAACUAUCAUUUUGACGCUCGAUUGUGAGGGACUGCGAAGACAGAUCGCUUUCCAUCCGGCCGUUUAGGAGACGGUGUGGGGCGAUAAAUAUUGUGUAUUACAGUGAUACGGAACAAGUGCAUCGAAAAUGAGCUAUCGCGGUAUCGGUGGCGGUGGUUUCCCAUACAGAAAAUCGGAAAUUUCCGACAAGAGUGGCUAUUCUAUGAACGCCGUUCCGCCACCGAGCACCUUGAAUAGUGGUCGCUCGGCUGGUGGUUUUGCUAAUCGAAAUUUGGUACCACAGACCGGUGGAGGUUUGUCGAAACAUGGAUAUUCAACAAUGGAUGCCAUUUCGCAGUUCGCGAACUCUUCGCAAUAUGCGCUGGGGAAGAGAAAGUCUCGGACGGAAGACGAGUAUUUUGACGAGGAGGACGAAACAACUCCAGAUCUAGCGUACAUUCCGGCGCCGGGGAGUCCAACCGCAUCCCAGCCACAGCAGAAAGCUGUUGACAGUUCAGACGAGGAUGAUGAUCCGCUUGAUGCUUUCAUGGCCGGCAUCGAGAAGCAGGUUGAAAAGGAGAAGAAAAUCGCAGAGAAUCCGAACGUUGAGCACAAAUCCAAAGGCAUUAGAGCAGACAUAGAUGAUGAGGACGAUGAGGAGAGCUAUUAUAGAUAUAUGGAAGAAAAUCCUUUGGCUGGGGUACAAGAUGACGGAUCAGAUGCGGAGAUUGAGUACGACGAAGACGGUAAUCCGAUCGCGCCGCCUCGAAAGCGCGACAUCGACCCUCUACCGCCUAUCGACCAUUCUGAGAUCGACUAUGAGUCUUUUGAGAAAAAUUUCUACAAUCAGCAUGAAGAUAUUGCGAAGUUGACUCCACAACAAGUAGCUGAUCUUCGUCGUACGUUAGGCGUGAAAGUGACGGGUCCAGUUCCGCCAAAUCCAGUGACGAGUUUUGCUCAUUUCGGAUUCGACGAACCGCUUAUGAAGGCCAUCCGUAAAUCGGAAUACACUCAACCUACUCCAAUUCAAGCGCAAGCAAUACCCGCCGCUCUGAGCGGUCGUGAUAUUAUUGGCAUCGCAAAAACUGGUAGUGGAAAGACAGCGGCGUUCAUUUGGCCGAUGCUCGUUCAUAUAAUGGACCAAAGGGAGCUGAAACCCGGGGAAGGACCAAUCGCUCUGGUGUUGGCGCCGACGCGUGAACUGUCACUUCAAAUCUACAACGAGGCGAAAAAAUUUGGCAAGGUUUAUAAUAUUCACGUUGUAUGCGCGUAUGGUGGCGGGUCAAAAUGGGAGCAGAGCAAAGCAUUGGAGCAGGGAGCAGAAAUCGUCGUCGCGACUCCAGGUCGAAUGAUUGAUAUGGUUAAGAUCAAAGCGACGAAUUUAAAGAGAGUGUCAUAUCUUGUCCUCGAUGAAGCUGAUCGGAUGUUCAACAUGGGAUUUGAACCACAAGUCCGGUCGAUUUGUAACCACGUCCGUCCAGACCGUCAAACCAUGCUAUUUUCCGCUACAUUCAAGAAACGCAUCGAGAAGCUAGCUCGCGACGUUUUGACCGAUCCAAUCCGAAUUAUCCAAGGCGACUUAGGAGAAGCCAACGAAGAUAUAACCCAACACGUUCUAGUCUUCUCAAAUCCACAUCACAAAUGGAACUGGCUACUAUGCAAAAUUGUUGAGUUCCAGUCACAAGGGAGCAUUUUGAUAUUUGUGACGAAGAAGCUCGAUGCCGAACAAGUUGCCAAUAAUUUAAAGUUGAAGGAGUUCGAUUGCGUACUGUUGCACGGUGACAUGGACCAGGCGGAUCGUAACAAGGUGAUCACGCGUUUCAAGCGCAAGGAAUGUGAUAUCAUGGUGGCAACAGAUGUGGCUGCACGUGGUUUAGACAUUCCACAUAUUCGAACAGUGGUCAACUACGAUAUCGCUCGUGAUAUUGACACACAUACACAUCGAAUCGGCCGAACGGGGCGAGCAGGUGAAAAGGGAACAGCUUACACAUUGGUCGUGGAGAAAGACAAAGAAUUUGCCGGCCAUUUGGUACGGAACUUGGAAGGUGCAAAUCAAGAAGUACCAAAUGCCUUGAUGGAACUUGCCAUGCAGAGCUCAUGGUUCCGUAAAUCAAGAUUCAAGAGCGGCAAGGGUAAAAAGCUGAAUAUUGGAGGAGCUGGUUUAGGUUAUAGAGAACGUCCAGGUUUAGGCGCAUCAAGCAAUUCAUAUUCUUCUUCUGAGGGUCAUUCACAAAAGAGUCAAUCCGCACAACCGGCAAGCGCUCCUUCGCCGGUAAGUGCUUCAGGACCAGCAAGCGAUCGUCUUUCGGCCAUGCGGGAGGCUUUUCGCAGUCAGUAUAACACCCAGUUUCGAGCGUCAAGCGAUCGGACAUGGGAGAAGACUGUACCAGAGUCAGGUGUGUUUUUGGCACCAGCUUUACCUGGGGGAAUGACUCCACCAGCACCCAGACCGCCUGCUGCAUCGGAUGGUUCAGAUUCCACCAAGAAGAAGAAGAGAAGUCGAUGGGAUUAGUCGUAAAAAUCUGCUUUUCAUAAUAAUAUAAAUCGAGAAACGUAUAUUGGAUUAAAUAUAUGAUACUUACUGUAUAUUCAAAUGUGUAUGUGUUACGGUGCAACAAAACAUUAAACCCUCUUUACUCGUUUUAUUUAGAAAUAAAGUACGAUGGAAAAGAUUAA